AAGUCCAUUAAAGUGAAAAUCCUGGAUUACAUGAAUACAAAGUAUGAUGACCCAGGAACACAAGAACUUCUGGACAUCGCAUCCUUCAUGGACCCCAGGUUCAAGGUCACCUACAUCAGCAGUGAAAAAGUUGAGGACAUCAAGAGCAGGAUCAUGUCAGAAAUGAAAGACUCUGCACAGAAGGAGGGGACACAUUCUGAGAACACAGAGGCCCAGACCAUGGAGCCACCCAGCGAAAAAAAAACAAAGCGAUCAUUGGGAAGUUUGCUCAAAACAAAUCCAAGCCCCACUCCAACAGCAUCUUUCAUGCAUCUGGAGCAAGCUGUUGAAGCUGAACUUAACAGCUACUUGUUCUCCCCCACCAUUCACAGUGAAGCCGACCCUUUGGCCUGGUGGAAACUCCACCAGGUCACCUACCCUAAGCUGACCAAACUUGCUCGGAAGUAUCUUUGUAUACCUGCAACUAGUUCUCCCUCCGAGAGGCUCUUCAGCACUUCAGGGAAUGUAGUAACAUGUCAACGAACAUGUUUGAAACCUAGCAAAGUUAACAUGCUGGUUUUCUUGGCCAAGAACUUGCCCUAAAGAGAUCUUUUUUUGCUGGUUAUAUGAGCCAUACAGUUAUUUAAAAUUUUCG